ACGCAGCAAAACUACGCGAAUGUUGAUAGCCAUUUCAUUCACGUACAUAGCAACAACGCUACCAACUAUGAUCAUCACGAUCGCCGUAUAUGUAUUCUUUCAGAAAUAUGGAGCCGCGUUCGCACCAACGUUUGUGAGACUCGUGCCUUGGAUUCACUUUUUACAG